UUCGAGCGAUGGCGCGCGAUUCACAUGAAAGUUUAACUGUAAACUAAAAGCCCUUGCAUCCAGAAGUGUCUGUCUAAAAUAUCUGAAUGGAUCUGGGUGACUCGAAGCUGCGGGCGGUCAGAGUCCUGGGACAGGGCUCCUUCGGCCGGGUGUUCCUCUGCUACCAGGCAGGUCGUCAGGUUUGCGUCAAGCGGAUUAUCGUUCGCAACCCCAAGACUGAGCUGGGACUCAUCAAGGAAGAGGUGUACAUCAUCUCGCAGCUGCGCCAUCCACAUAUCGUCCAGUUUCUGCGCUCGUUCACCCACGCCGGCACCGUUAACAUAGUCAUGGAAUACCUGCCCAAUGGAACUCUCAGGGAUGUGAUCCAAAAGCUACCUGCAGGCACCGGCGGCAUCCACCAGGACCGACUAUUGCGUUUCUUUCGUGACAUGGUCUUGGGCCUGGAGUAUCUGCAUAUCCGCUGCGUUAUUCAUCGCGACAUCAAGCCGGAAAACAUGCUCCUGGACUCCGAGGAUCGCGUGAAGAUAGCCGACUUCGGCAUCUCCAAUGUGCAUGCGCCGAGCACCCAAUCUCAGACGGUAAUGGGCACGCCCCUGUACAUGGCCCCGGAGGCCAUGAAUCCAACAGGCAAGGCGGGCUUUAAGUCCGAUAUCUGGUCGCUGGGAUUGGUGGUCUACGAGCUUUGCAUUGGGCACAGUCCCUUCACCGCCAUCUACGGAUCGGGAACCACGCCGGAGCAGCUUCAGAGCGUGAUUCACACAAUGUCUAGCCCCAAAUUGGAUUGCCUGCUCAUCCGGCGGUUCUACGAUCCAGUGUGGUCUCGCCUCUGCGAACUGAUGAUUGUAUACGAGCAGGAGCGCCGCAUCUGUUUGCCGGACCUGUAUCACGUGGAUGCCGCCAUUACAACGGCCCUCUAUAUGCAUUACUUUGAUUACAAAUACUAGAAAAUCCGCGAUCCAUCGUCCCGAAAUUAUUGUCACAUAUUCAGUGUUUAGGCUUAAGUAAUAAACUAUGCUAUGGACUAAGGA